GUUGCUGUUUUAGCGGGUGCGCGAAGCCGGCAAGUUGGAAACUCGUGUUAAUCCGAAAUAGUGGAAAAUGCGUGCAAGUUGACAUAUUUGCCUGUUGUGUUAUGCAAGCGUAAAACCCAGCAUGGUUAUGAGAGUUCCAGCCUUCCCACGGCCUGCACGGCCCCCGCGCCCAAUGUUUCGAGGAGUGAUGCCUCCGCCACCGCCACCACCACCACCUCCUGGUGGACCCUAUGGCCAGUUCCCACCAGGGCCACCAUGCUUCUCUCCUGGGGGUAGGCCGCCCAUGCCUCCUGGGGGACCUGGUGCCUUUCGUGGUGCCGACCACAUGAGGCCCAUGAGACCCCCCCUGCGGGUGUUUGGGCCCCCUCCUCCUCCUCCUCCGCCGCCACACUUCAUGCGAGGUCCCGGUGCCAUGCGCUCUCGCCCACUCUUUCGGCCGCCUAAGUUCAGCCCAUACCCAGUCGGGGUCAAGGUCAAGAAGGAGCCUCUCAGUCCUAGCAAAACCAAUGCUGCCAACAGCACGACAAACAUCACUCAGAAAUCGGACUCUGAUGGCACGAAUUCAACACCAGUGAACGACGGCACUUCCCAGACCACUGCAACAGCAAAUGGCACUGUCACGACCUCAUCUGCUACAGCCUCCGUCAAGGUUGAAGCAACUGCAGCCACAACCACAAAUGCAAACAGUGGCAGCAGUGCGAAAAACGGCCUGGCUGCAGCAAUUGAGGCAGCCAAGCGGGACGGCAUUCCAGUGGAGAUGAUCCAGGCGCUGUACUGCAAGCUGUGUGAUGCCAAGCUCAACGGUAGCCUUCAGGCGACGGCCCACUAUGUUGGCAAAAGCCACGCUAAGCGAGUCAAGCAGUACCAGCAGGGCCAGGGCCGCGUGGGGCAGCAGCGGCUUAAUGCUGCCGCAGCAGCUGGCGGGGAUGCCAGCAAGGGAGCAGCAACGGACGGAGGCAAGCGGCCCGUGCCAGAUACCUUGGAAAAGUUCUGCAAGCUCUGUGAUGUGGCAUUUACCUCGGAGAUCCAGGCAAAACAGCACUACGAUGGACGUAACCAUCAGAGGCGAAUGCGGGGAGAGCCUCCUCUUCCCAAGGGCUUCUACAACCCAGCCACAGGGCGCUGGCAGAGGCAACCGCCUCCAGGAAUGGCCCUCAAACCCCCAACACCAAGAAAGCCACCAACCCCUGGGAACCAGUUCUACUGCGAGCCGUGCCGCUCAUCGCUGACCUCUGAGCAGCAGCUGCAGUCGCACCUGCAGGGCGCCAAGCACAAGGCACGGGUGGGUGGCCUGUCCACCGCAGUCACAGCGCAGGUGGUGACGGCGAAUGCUGCUGCAGCCAUGGCUACGGCUACGGUUGCAGGCACCGUGUCCACUGCUGGAGGCCGGCCCUCCCAGCUACCACAACCAUAUGUGGCCUUUGUGCCUGGGCCCACCAUGACCUGUGGAACUGAAUUUUGCUAUGUUCGACCUUACAAGGUGCAAGGAAAACGCUUCAUGGGACCUGCUAGAUCUGUGGGCCAUAGGUCCCUCGGCAAUUGGAGUGACUGCAGGUUCUCAACGUCAUCACCUCGACACUCAACCAGCAGGGUCUUUCUUGGAAGUUGGUGCCUCUGUCCAUACUGUUAUAAAUACUACAGUCGCAUUACUACUAGACAGCUUGGUUGUGUCAUGUGUCUACAGCAACAGAAUCCGCGCCCAUACACCCAUUCGCAUUUGGACACACAUUGGAGGUGAACGCCACCUGUUGGUUCUUUAGUGGCAGCCACUGCCGACAGUCCCACGGCCCUGUCGCGGAGCAGUGCAGUAGUCAUGUGUAAAGAAAGCAUGGAUAAUAAUCAUAAACUCACACCCAUGAACAUGUCUGUGGCUUCCCCUUCUUGUUUUUAAAAAUUUAUUCUAUUGUGAUCUCCUUGUUGUCUCUUGCUUCAAGCAAAGAGAGACUGCGCCGUUUCUUUUGCUAAGGUAUCUAUGAGCAGCCAUCACUAAGGUGAAAGCAUUCAGCAUGAGUGUCAGUUGCGGAAGAGGCUUUUAGAGCUGGGCUGAAGGGGCAUCGUUACUACGAGUUGUUCUUGCAGUUUCUGCUGGCUGGCGAGAAGCGGUUGCAUGUCAGCACUUUGCUUGCUUGGGAUCAGUGGGUCAUGUUUUGCCCAAAGAUGAUUGCCUGUCUGGGAUAACGAAUUCAUAUAUUGAUUGCAAAUGUGGUUUUUGUGCUGGCAUUAUUCAUGAGAUUUUGUUGUUUUUGAGCACUCGAAACUGGUUGACAACAUUUUGCCAUACAUAUUUUCCUCAUCAGAAUUGGUUGGUGAGGAGGCUUUGUAAGAGAAUCUUUCAAUCUUUUUUUUUUUAAUGUAGUGAUUGCAAACAUUCUUUGAACCAUUCAAUCAAUUUAAUAUACCAAAGCAUUGCUUAUCGUCUAUACAUAGACCAUUGCAUUUGUCUCAGUUGUGUUUGUGGGCAUUCCUACUCGUAGCCUUCUAAGUGCAGCAUCAUUCUGUGGGUUUGCUUGUUGGGAGCAGCGUUAUUGGUUGGCCAGAAUAAAAAAAGUGAUUAAUGAUCACAGUGCAUUCUAGUUGUUAUAUAGGCAUCAUGUCUUUUUCUCUCUGCGCUCUACUCUGCGGGGAGCUUAUUUUUGUAUGAGUGUGGAUGAGAUUGUGUGGAUGUUUAUCUCUGAGUGAACCACAAGAUUCAGUGUUUCCUUUUGUUUAUUCCUGAUGUUCAUCAUUUUUUAUGCUGGCAUUACAUCGGGGAAUGUUAUUGCAUGUCGACGUAUGUGCAGGAAUUGUUGCUUCGAAUGCAGGUUUGUCAACUGUGUUAGGUUAUAGAAUGGCUUGUUUCGUAGAAAGCUCAGCUUUCUGUUUUUAGGGGUAAUUUCAAUCUGAUCAGCGUGUGUAUGCGUGGUGUAGUCUUAUGCAUAGCGCGCUGGGUUGAAUUGCAGCAGCACUAUAUGUUCACAUAGCUGUUGAUCUGAUGUAGAGCUGUUUGUCGAGUUCCUGGCCCAUUAUCUUCACUGCAGCUGCAUCUUCUGGUCAUAUUUUAGCAUGGCACGACAGUAUUGAAUGUGUUGCGGUGCAACAUGUUUUAAGGCAUUAUUGCUAUUGUUAUUUCUAACCUUUUCAACUCAUGAAGUGCAAAGUUGUGGUGUUCCAUUAUGUAUACUCUCUCCCCUGUUUGAGAGGCGUUGAUUGCCAGAGCUUUGAUGUGGAUAAUUUUUUCUUCGUGUGUGGAUUGGGUUUUGCUGUUCUGUGAUAAGUGUAGUGAUGAGCUUGUAUACAGCAAACGGGGCUUUUUAGCUCUUCAAUUUCUGCAGGAUAUCUGUAUGAACGCCUUUGCUAUUCGCCGGUGCUCUGGAAGACUUGUACUGCUGUCUCGUGUGGGACGCUGGAUUAGGCUGGCAGGAAAGUAUGCAGCAGGCUGCUGUAUGCCACAAAUAUAGAAGCCUCUACCUGUUUGACAAAUUUGCUCUUCAGCCAUAUGGCAGUUCUAUAGAAAUGUAUUGUCUAAAGAAUGCACAAGAAAUUGCAUAUACAUCUUGUUGUUGAGAAUAGCUGCCUGUAUCUUUACAAUGCGUGCUUAGUGGCACCAAAACUGAGGGAUCACGUGAACUUCUCAAGUGUAAGUUGCAGUACCGGCUGUUUCAGGAUAGGCUUUCAGUGGUUACUGAACACUGUGGAGCAGAGAUUAACUUUGUUGGCAAUAAUGCAUUUUAGGUGACGAGUGUCGGGGCUUACGCGGCUAUCAAUGAUGGGUCACUUAAAUAAUUUUAAAUGUUAUCGAGUCAACUCCAGUGGCCAUGUGUACAGGGCAUGUCAUUAUUGCAAAAUUAGGGCCAGCCAGUUUGCAAAGCAUGCUUAUUUGUAAGGAGUAUUGUGACUAGCACCAGAUUUAAAAGAAAUGAUGGUGACCAACCAAAUCUCAAUAUUUACUUGGCUAAAUCUGUUAAGUCAUAAAAUCGGUGUUUGUUAAAUUCAAGGUUCGAUGUUUCUCGACAGGCCUGUGGUUUGUGACAACUGCCUGCACAGAACUAAGAAUCUAGUGUAUUGCAUUAUACAGAGCAAAAGCAAUAACUUAAUCAUUCAAAAACUACAGACCAUAGCAAGAUGCGGUUUUUCACAUAAAUGCACAGGAAAACAUAGGAAUUCUGUUCUGUAAAAUGCCUUGAAACUGCCAUUUUCAAGGCCUUGAAUGCCCUUAUUUAAAUUUUACAGAGCAUAAAAAUCCUUGAAUAUUGCUUUCUUCUAGGUUUGUAGAGUUUUAUUUGUGUACUUGACCAUGGAGGCUCUUGCAAGCCCAGAGUCGAGGGAGCUUGAUUUCAUUUUUGGGGUGGAAGCCAUAUUUUUUGGAAUGGCUAGUGAUGGUUAAUGUGAAAAAGGCUUAGUGAGUACCAUUUCUUUCUUGUGCAAUAAAAAAAAAAAAGCUUGCUCUUUGUUUAGGCAGGCUUUUGUUUUCAAGGUGUUUGGCAUCACAGUGCUUUUAUACUUGAAAUUGCUUUGCAGUAGCCUCAGAAUUCCUUGAAAAACCCUAAAUGAUUUUCCAAAGAGGCUUCUACAGACCUAGUUACACUUGUAACAAUUGGUUACACUUCAGUUUGGUCAACAGCAUCACCGUUUGGUGGCAAGUGCAGAUCAUGACUAUCGAUUUUUUUUUUUGUUCCAAGAAACAAAAUACAUUUUUCUGUGUGAAACUGCAGCUUGCUAGGGUCUGUACAUAUGGUCAACACGAUGCUCAAAUUAUUAAAUUUUUUCUUUUGUGUUUCACUGUAUAUAUCUGAGCAAAUGAGCCCCGCUUGCUUUACAAGCUCAAGAGUGAGUAAAGAUGCUGGUUAUGUGAUAUGAAGUGGGGUUAUGGUUUGCAUGAAGAGCUUAUUGGGGGGGGGGGUGCUGCAGGUGUAUGGCAGCUGGUCUUGCUUGCUGCUGGUCUCAGUCGCUGGAACUGUGUGCCGUUUUUCUGCAGACUCGUGUAUUAAGAGUGUAAGAAUAGUGCUGUAUGCACAUUGUCCUUAGCAUGCCGUUUUUUGCCUGUGUACUUUACUGUGUGUGUUAUUACUCAUAGGGCGAGAUGGAUCUCUCGAUAUCUGUAUCUAUUUGCGAUGCAUUUUUGUCAUGUUAGCAGUAAAAUAGUAUGUAUGUGAGUGAGUGGGCAAGUGUGUUCAUAUAAUGUAUGAAACUGAGGAUAAGGACUAUGUGUGUGUGUGUGUGUUGGUUUUCAUUUGCUGGUGUUGUUGGGAGAUUCAUUUUGCACCUACUGGGUAAGAAGUAGAAACAAAGAAACAAAAGCUGAAGACAAUUUGGUGCUUCGGUACGCUACUUUUGGCUAGUUGCCAUGCUCUAUUACUUGCCUUUGUGGUUCAGUGCUAGCAAUUUUACCAACCGAAACUGACUGAAUGAUUUUUUUUUUACUUUGUCGUAGAAACCACUAGUUGCAACUCUUAAGCUAUCAAAAGGUGUGUAAGUAUAGUUAUAAGUCUGACUUAAAAAAGAAAAUACUUUCUGAAAUUCAUUGUCUGUCAAGAAUCGAGGAAUAACAUGCAACGUCCAUUGCCACUUUGCGGAGCUCCAAGAAAACUUUUGGUAACCACCUUUAUUUGAAGCUCUGAUUACUAGAAUCGUUUUCUCUAGCAGUAAUUAAGCUGGCACUUCUUGCCACUUCAGACAUGCUGUACUUUCAUAGGGAGAGAUGCCUCACCAGAAGUAGAGAUGUAGCACAGUUACAUUGGCUUUCAGAGCUGAGUAGAAGGUCUAACGAAGUAAAGCAGUCACAAGAAUGGCAGAGUGACCCAACUGGGCACCUGAAGAGCAUUGCAGUUAGUCAACAAAAUGUUGCUACUCUUUGAACGAUAAUGUUAUAGCCUAGUCUUGCACUGUGCUUUUGAUAGACUAAUCUCACGGUGGCGUUGCACUGUCCAACUGCUGCUGCAAAGAAUGCCGGUAGCAAAAGUCUUCAGCAGAUGGGACAGCAACUGUCUUUCGGUGCGUGUUCUUACUGGCUUGCCAAGUGACCACUGACUGUGAGGCUGACAUAUUUGGUAAUCAUAAUUCCUAAGUGUGUUAUUUCAGUCUAGCCUGUCGAGUUUCUUUUUAGUGUCUUCUCAAAGAGAUAAGGACAAGGCGUCUUAUCGUUCUGCAUCCCCCCAUCCCCUUCCUGUGGGGCAGCCAAUUGGGCAACAUCAUGGUUAACUUCCAUGCCUUUCCUUCUCUCCCUCUUGGGUAGUAUUCUCAAUCGUUCACUUUGAGAUGCAAUCACUUUCGGGAAAUUUCGAAUUUUAUGUGGCUUGUAUUGGUCAUGUUGGCAUUCAGGACAGACAGCAUUGCACAGCGGCUAGCAAAAGCUGUCUUAGCACAUGACUAAGAAUGCUGCCGCUCAUAGAAGCAAUGUGCGAAAAUGAUGUUGGUGUCCUCGAAAGUGAACAACUGAGAAUACUGGCCCAGAAUUUCACAGCUGGACCAUGGUUGAGAGGACUCGCUUACACGAAAAUAAUCUCCCUCUUUCUUUGAAACAGAGAAAGAAAAUUUUAAUAAGUAUAUUAUUGUGACGCGGCUGAUCCAACAACAUUCCAGUCAUGGUUGCCUUUAGUCUAAGUACAGCAGAAAUGUGGAGAUGACUACUGCUGUCAUAGCAUAAGCCAAGCAGGUAUAUGCCCUUUAAGCCUGAUGAGAUUGGUUUAUGACUGGCUCUUACCUCUUAAGCCUCCUUUGUGUUUUGAACAAGAAAGAAAGAAAGCAAUGCUUUGAAGAGAAGGGUUGUUGCAUUGUAGUGAGUCUUCAUAACUCUUGGAUCCAUCUUUGAUGCAGCUGUGAAGUGAAAAAAAUGUUUACAUACUAAUAACUUGUCUUGAUGCAGGUCAAUGCUCUGUGCAUACGUUGAAAGAGCUGGAUGUUCAGUCAACAAAAAUGUUAUCUUCCUGUACAACGUCAUGUACAGCACUUUGGCAUGACUUGAGUCAUUGUAAAGCCCUUUUUGAGCACACAAGGUCCUAAAUGAAAAGUUUGUUCAAUAAGGGAAUUUUAUUACGAAACUGUACAGUAUUUCAUGUAUUGGUGCAGUCUGCUUUCAUUGGAUAAGAUGCUAUCAAGAUAGAAAUAAAUACUCUACAUGCAUCGCACAGUGACUGUCCUUCAAAGAAAGGCAGUCCAAUUUGCUCCAAAGCGACAAGUUGGCCCCCAUACUUUUUGUUUGGGUCGACUGCCUUGCUGGUAUUUGCAGACAAUCAGGUCGACAUAAAUUCGCUUCCAUUUUUGUAUACCAUGCCCUACUUCUUAAAAGGUGUACUUUUGAAUAUAGGGUGAGUGGAUUGGCGGAAGCAGCGGCAGUUGGUCGCGUUUGUAUUUCCCCCGCUGCUACAGAUCUCGUGUGUACAAGUACCUUAGAUGAAUGUAAGAGUUGAUAAUGUUACAGAGACAUUUGUAGUUUUGAAAAAUGGAAAAAUGGAAUCUAUUAAGGUGCACACAGGCACUGCGGGACUGAUGCUUUUCACCAAAAGCAUCACCGUCAAUCUUUUGGGAGCAUUUUCAAUCGGCACUGUGCCAUUUCAGCCCACCAGAACUUGACAAAACCACUCAUUGUACACUGUUGAAUGAGAAUGGACCUUCUGUGGUACGAGUUCUGGUUUUUAGAUUUGUGUACAAUUAGUAAGGGCAGGAAAAUGAUAACUUAAUUAUUGUCUCGCCGAGCACUCAACAUAGUGCUCGGGCAUUGUUGCCGCUCAUAAGAGCAUGGGUAUAAGAUAUGUUGUGUAAUACCACAAAGUCUCGUUUUGACAAAAAAAGAAAUUGUAAGUGAAUGCAACUCAUGGUGCAAGCAUCUUCUGCAAGCUUGAAAAAAAAAAAUCCUAUAAACUGCAUUUCUAGGUUAGCAGGUGAAAUUGAGUGUGUGCUCAAGUCCAAGUUUCAUGUUCAGAUUGUGGUUUUAAGGAGGGUUUUCAUGAAGGGUGGUACGUGUAUACCUGUACAAGUAAAACUAAGCCUCAUGUAUUGUAAGUUGAGGCAAGCCACUUUUCACUGUUGUGGAUUGUUUGUGUCAUUGCUCCGUGAGUCAGCCAUUUUGUGAGAUUUUGAAGCAUUUCAUGGCCAACAUACCAGUGUUAGCCUACUAUAUUUAGCCUAUCUCAUGUGCUCUGCUUGGGAGGGUUUGGAUAGGGCAGACAUUUAAAGAAGGUACUGACAUGGACUUGUGAAGUGUUGCUGGUGCUUGCAACAUUGGCAAGAAGGUCAACACCUUUUCUUUUGAUUAUUACAUGGCUGCAUCUUGCCCGGCUGCUAAGCAUUGCAUGUCAUGGGAACUUUGAACAUGUUAUUGUUACUGAAGGCAGUACGGUUGUUUUGUGGAAGGUGCGCUGAAAUCUGGAUGGAUAAUAUGUAACGAUUCGUUCGGCUUUAUUCUAUUGUUUAUCCACUGCUCACCACUGGUGAAGCCUGUUAAUAAGUGUGGGUUUCAGCUAUUUGGUGACCUGUUUUAAUUGAUGAACAGUGUAAGUGAAAGAUGCAGGACACAAAGGAGGGGGCGUAUGUCAUAUGUUCUUCUUUUUUUUUUUUUUGUCCUUCAUAUUUUGCUUGUGCUGUGAGUCUGUUACUGGUGGUAAUGUAGGCAUAGCACUAUUUGGAAAAGAAAAAGGAUUGAUAUUGGAAUCAUUGCAGUAUCCCGGCCUAAACAGUAAAUGAAGAUGAUAUGUUUGUUUUAUGCUUUGGCAUUGUCCAAUAUUGCUUGAGGGUUUCUUGAUUUUUGAGCCUUGUGGAGGGGAAGAUAAAAGGAAGGGCAUGGAGAUUAACCGAAUUCUUAGAUAUUGUCCAUUUGGCUGCUCUUCCCACGGGAAAGGAAGCUGGAAUGCAAAAGAAAGAAGCGGCAAGCAUUUAGACAGAUCUGGUGAGCCUAGUGGAAUUGUGUAAACUUCUAUGAAGUGUGGUAUGAUAUUGGCUUGUUUCUGUUACUGUGUGUAGUUCACUUUUUGUAGUGGCUAUACUGAAAAUUUGGUACUUGCGAAGAGGUGGUACUUGGUAGAUUCACCCAACUGUGCUGUUGUCGCAGCAGCCGACAAGCUCUGCACCAUGCCAUGUUUCACAUGUCUGUGACUGUGCCUAGGUGCACAUUUUGGUUAAGCAGGCAUAGGCGAUAUAGAAUGUUUAACACAAGAGGACCAGGACCACUAUUUCGAGUAUAUGUGCUGUGGGCCACUUUUCAGAACAUCUGAGCGUGUUUGAAUAAAAAGCAGGUUACUCUCUGGCUCUUGCAGAAAAGUAUUUUUCCAACCCCCUGUCCGGGCAGAAUGUGUGCUCGUAGCGCUUUUCUCACUCCGUCAACCCGUCGCGAAGAGUUUUCAAAGUAUAUUGGCAUUGUCAGUGUUCUGCAAUCUAUAUUUAGAGUUUAGUGAAAUAGUCCUUGUUCCAGACUUGCCUGAUAUUUUAAAGGGGCUCCGACGCCCUUCUUUGACCGACAACCAUAGACGUUGCUGAAAUGGUUGGAGGCAGCAUGUGAAAAUGCAGCGAAAGAGUUGUCACAAGCUGUUGGAUAUGGAGUGUCUUUUCGUUGUCAUAACACCAUUGGACCUCUGCGAAAUCUGGAAGAACGAGUCAUCCGCCGCCUUCCAUAUUUCGUAAUUUUAGCUAUUUUUCUGCACUGCACAUUUCUGCAAAUUUCUACCUGUGGCAUGUACAUGUGUCUUUUCCUCUUCUAGGCUCUUGCAGAGUGAUGUUGUGUACGAUGUGAAUGUACGUCGCUGCAUUCCUUUUGUGCUGAAGGUUAGUAAUACUUGGCUGGGUAUUUAAGCUGCAUUGAAAGAGUUGCUCGGAGCCCCUUUAGUGUGCUGCUAUAUAGUGGAUGCUGUCGGAAUGAGUUGCGGCCUUUAAAGGUACACUAAACGGAACAAUGAUUUCUUCUGCAUCAGUAAAUUACCGUUCUACAACACCAAAAACACCACUCUUACGAUAAGACGUUUGGUAAGCAAGAAAAAGCGCAAAAACGAAAUACGGGUGGCGACGCCUAUUUGAGUUCCCGCACCUGGGGGCUGUGACGUCAUGAAUUUUGAUGGCAUCUUCUAGGGCCUACUAAUUAUAUAUAGGGGUACAGGUUGACUACAUUGUGUUCUAAAGGAACCAAAUAUUAAACAUGGCAAGUUUCGGAAACCUUUACUCAGCCAACGCGGCCCAAAUGCGAAAACAUACUUUGGUAUCCCUGAUGUCACGCUGACGUACCGGCGCUGGGGUUUCGGCGCAAAAUUCAAGUACUGAUAAUUGGACCUUCAUUUUCUAAUCUAAUAAUCAAAAUAUUUUUUUGAAAUGACUGCCUGCAGGGUUCUCAAACAAUGCUCCAUUAGUCUAAACUGAUUUAUUGUUUCCCUUUAGUGUCCCUUUAAGUAAUAUAUGACUGGUUUUGUGAAGUGACCGGACACUUCCAUUGCACCUGUCUUGUUUUUAUUUUUCUGAUCCUGAAGGCUUCACUUCUGCUUCAGUCACUGAUCCAGUGUCUCCAUGCAGGAUUAUGAUAGAUCAUACUGCAGCUGAACUCUGGGCUUCAUAUGUGUAUUUUUAGAAGUGCUUGCACCGUUCUGUUUGUUAGCACUUAUGUGACCACUUUUCUUGAAUGCUAUGCUGCAAUGUUCAGUGUGCUGAUGCUGGCCAUAGUGCAUUUGGCAAAGUGAAGUUGAUUCACUGUACUGUUUUCUUUGUUCACAGAAAUAAAAAACAAGGAAAGAUA